ACAGCAAUUUAUAUCGAUAUAUAGAAACAACAACAACGGCAUCUCCACCAACAACGACCCCGACUACGACAACAACAAUAACAACAACAACAACAUCAAUAACAACUGUACCAACAACGACUCAGAGUGUAGUCUGUAGCAGCAAUGAAAAAGAUAUCAUUAUCAUUUUGGAUUCCUCUACAAGUGUUGGUGACAAAAACUUUAUAAAAAUGCUGGAGUUUGCGCAGAACAUUCUAAAGAACGCCGACGUGGAUUCUGGGAGAGUUCGAGUUGGUGUAGUAACCUACAGCAGUUCUGUAAAGGUGCAAUUCCACCUUAACUCAUUCAGAAGUCUGUCCGCCGUAUUAAAUGCGAUCGAGGAGAUCUCGUUCAUGCCUGGUAGCACUAAUACCGCCGACGCUCUGAAGACAAUGCAUUAUGAUAUGUUUACUCGUGAACGUGGUGAUCGUCCCGAUGUUCCAAACAUUGCUAUUAUUGUAACUGACGGUGUUUCGAACAUCCACUCUCGGCGAACCAUUCCGGAAGCGGAAGAGGCUAGAGAGGAUGGGAUAGUCAUAUACGCUUUGGGUAUAGGCCUUACUGAAACAAAAGAGCUGAAAGGAAUAUCCAGUCUCCCAACUGAAGAGUAUCUUUAUCUAGCCGAGGACUUUACACAGCUUGAUGAACUCGAGAGAAAUUUGUUCAAAUCUUUCUGUCAAGAUCCUCUACCAGAAAUACAUGAGCCUGUCGCCUGCGAAUCAGAUGAACAAGAUAUCGUAUUUGUGCUGGAUUCCUCUACGAGUGUGGGAACUGGAAACUUCAAGGAGAUGCUGGACUUUGUCAGGGACAUGUUAUUGGAUGCUGAUGUUGAUUCCGGGUCUGUCCGAGUAGGAGUUGUCCUGUACAGUACCGAUGUCUCCGUGGAGUUCCAUCUAAACACCUUCAACAACAAGCCGGAACUGUUCAGCGCUAUAGAGAACAUCAGGUACAUGUUCGGGAACACCAACACGGCAGGCGGAUUGACAGCUCUGACAAGUGAGAUGUUUAUAACCAGAAACGGGGACCGACCUAGCGCCAGAAACAUUGCUUUUAUACUCACUGACGGACAGUCCAACAUAAAUUCAGCCGACGCCAUUCCUGCUGCUGAGGACGCCAAGGGAGCCGGGAUUGAGAUAUAUGCUAUCGGGAUCGGGUUAGCAGAAGUUGACGAACUCAAGGGAAUUUCGAGCCAACCUUUGUCCAAAUAUUUACAUACUGUUGACGAUUUCACAGAACUGGAAGGAUUGCGGGAGAAUAUGUUCAGCUCAAUUUGCACCGCAAAGACUACCCCGGGACCCACCUUACCAGUUACAACGCCGCGUCCAAGUACGACUUUAACCGUCUGUGGUAGUGGAAAGCGAGAUAUAGUUUUUGUGAUUGAUUCAUCCACAAGCGUUGGAACAGACAAUUUCAAAAAGGUUUUAGGUUUUGUGAAGGAUUUGUUGAGCACUGCUGAUAUAGAUUCCGGUGCAGUAAGGGUCGGUGUCGUUCUCUACAGUUCAGAGGUCAUCGUUCAAUUUCAUCUCAAUACAUUUAAAACAAAAACGGCUGUCUUCCGUGCCAUUGACGACAUUUCCUAUAUUUAUGGUAACACUAAUACAGCCGGAGGACUGCUCACAUUGACAGAGGAAAUGUUCACUACUGCCAACGGUGAUAGGGGAAAUGUUCCGAACGACGCUUUUGUUAUUACGGACGGAGAAUCUAACAUCAAUUCACGGCAAACUGUACCUCAAGCCGAGAUGGCAAGGUCUGCUGGAAUCGAUAUAUAUGCAAUUGGAAUAGGCUUGACUGAAACUGUGGAACUGAAGGGGAUUUCAAGCAAGCCACUCGACAAAUUUCUAUAUGUUGUUGAUGAUUUUGCAGAUUUACAAGGUCUUCAGGAAGACAUGUUUGAAUCGCUGUGCCCCGCAACCUCUCCAACUUCAACGACAACUACCACCACUCAUCCGACUACCACCACUAAAACAACUACCACUUCUCUUCCAACAACCACCACGACAACUCCAGUACCAUCAACCACGUUACCGGUCUGCGUAUCAGAAAAACAGGAUAUCGUGUUCAUAUUGGAUUCGUCUACAAGCGUUGGGAAAAACGAUUUCAAAAAGAUUUUAGACUUUACAAAGACGUUCCUCAGUAAUGCAGACAUUGACAACGGGCGUGUUCGGGUUGGUAUCAUAGUGUACAGCAGUGACGUGCAAAUCCAGUUCCACCUAGAUACAUAUUCUACAAAGGCUGCCAUCAUGGCCGCCAUCGAUUCCAUCGACUUUAUGCCAGGGAGUACGAACACUGCUGGGGGGCUACGGCGCAUGCGCAACGACAUGUUUACUCCACAGAAAGGAGACCGGCCGCGGGUCCAGAACAUCGCCAUAAUAAUAACAGAUGGAGUUUCGAAUAUAAAUUCACAGAAAACAAUCCCGGAAGCGGAAGCAAGCAGGAAUGACGGAAUAGAUAUUUAUGCUUUGGGUAUAGGAAUCGUUGAUACCGUUGAAUUGGAACAAAUAGCAAGUCAACCACUGGAGGACUAUCUGUAUACUGUUAAAGACUUUUCUGAACUAGACGUACUCCAGGACCAAAUGUUUACAUCAUUUUGUCAUGAACCCCCACCUGUCAUUGAUAUUAGGCCAGUCGCCUGCGGAUCUCAGAGACAAGACAUCGUGUUCGUUAUUGACUCCUCCACAAGUGUUGGCCCUGAAAAUUUUCAAAAAAUUCUUACAUUUGUGAAAGAUCUUCUAACUGAUGCCAACAUAGACGAUGGUUUGGUCAGGGUAGGCGUCAUACUAUAUAGUACAGACGUUGCGGUGCAGUUUCAUCUAAAGACAUUUUUAUCUAAAGUCGACCUGUUUUUUGCCAUUGACACGAUUUCCUACAUGUAUGGUAAUACUAAUACCGCGUCCGGCCUUCUUGCCCUCACGGAAAUCAUGUUCACCACAGAAAAUGGUGACCGACCGGAUGUUCCAAAUAUAGCAUUUGUCAUCACUGAUGGCCAAUCAAAUAUCAACUCCUUUCAAACCGUACCCCAGGCAGAGUACGCCCGGACAGUGGGUAUAGAUAUAUACGCUAUAGGUAUAGGACUGGCAGACACAGAGGAACUAAAGGGAAUUUCCAGUCUUCCACUGGAGAAAUAUUUUCACACCGUUGAUGAUUUCACCGAGUUGCAAAGCCUCAAACAGGAAAUGUUUCAGUCCUUAUGUCCUGAAAGUACAACGACGACAACAACACCACCACCAACAACAGCUAUUACCGUGACAUCCACAAGAGUUUGUAGUAAACCCCCACAAGACAUCGUUUUUAUCAUCGAUUCAUCUACCAGCGUAGGGACGAACAACUUCUUGCGCAUGCUCAAGUUCGUAAAGGACAUGUUGACCUUUGCCGAUAUUGAUUCGGGUAAUGUUCGAGUUGGGGCUGUCACAUACAGUACGGCAGUGAAUGUGCAGUUCCAUCUUAACUCCUUCACCAAAAAAUCAGAAGUUCUCUCAGCUAUUGACAAUAUCCCGUUUACAGCAGGUAGUACCAAUACUGCCGAUGCCAUCCUCACAAUGGCGAAACAAAUGUUCGUCCCUUCAAUGGGCGAUCGUUUAUAUGUUCAGAACAUUGCAUUCGUUAUAACGGAUGGAGUUUCUAAUAUUAACGGACAGAGAACAAUACCGGAAGCACAAUCGGCAAAGGCUGACGGGAUUGACAUAUACGCAAUAGGGAUUGGCCUUUCGGAGACGGAGGAACUAAAAGGGAUUUCAAGUCUGCCUUUGGAUGAGUUUCUGUUCUCCGUCGACAAUUUCGAAGAACUUGACGGUCUGAAGGAAACUGUGUUUCGGUCGUUAUGCUCUGAAACGCCCAAACCCUCUCCUUCUCCUACGACCAGUGGCUGCGGUCUUGCUCGUGUUGACAUUGUCUUCGUCAUUGACUCAUCGACAAGCGUGGGUCAGGAGAAUUUCCAGAAACAGAUCAACUUCGUCAAACAACUGCUGUCUAACUCAGAUGUUGACUCUGGUGCCGUUCGAGCUGGCGCUCUAAUCUACAGCACGGGUGUCGAGGUACAAUUCCAACUGAAUGACUACGACAACAAAGCCGACAUGUUUGAAGCGAUCGAUAAUAUAAUGUACGUCUACGGCAGCACGAAUACCGCCGACGGUCUCCGGACGAUGCGACAGGAAAUGUUCACCACUGUGAAUGGAGAUCGGCCUGACGUCAUGAAUAUUGCUAUCGUCAUCACUGACGGAGUCUCGAACAUCAACUCUCGCCGAACCAUACCGGAAGCCGAGUCAGCACAUGGGGAUGGAAUCUUUGUGUACACUGUUGGGAUAGGCUUGACAGAUACAACAGAGCUUGAUGCUAUAGCGACUCCUCCAGCAUCUAGCAAUAGCUUCGUGGUCGACUCCUUUGACGAACUCGAAGGAUUCGAACAGAAAGUUUUGAAAUCCCUAUGUCCAGAAGAGCGAACAUUACCUACACGGAGGCCAACAUCCACAGCGAAACCAACCACGCCCAAACCAACAACACCGAUACCAACCACGCCCAUUCCAACCACACCAAAACCAACCACGCCCCGCCCGACUCCUGCACCAACCAGAGCGCCUACUACGACAGAGCGUGGUAGAACAACAGAACGCCCCACAUAUCCUCCAACUCGUCCACCUAAAUAUCCAACGUCGACACGAAGGAGCCCAACACGUCGGCCGACGGAUCGUUUCACUAUCCGUCCAACUGCUCGUCCAACGGAUAGUGGUAGAGGAACGCCACGGCCUACAGAUCGUCCUAGGUAUCCUACUACAACCACCCGUCCUACAAGGCGGCCUACUGUGGAGAACAGAGAAUCGACCUUACCACCGAGAACAACCCCAAGGCCAACCACACCACGACCAACUACUCCUCGACCAACCACGCCGCGACCAACCACGCCGCGACCAACUACUCCUCGACCAACCACGCCGCGACCAACACGACCAGCUAAAGCAUUCGAUCUGGUGGUUGUUAUGGAUUCCUCUGUCAGACCCGAGGUGUUCAGUAAGAUGACCGAUUACGUCAAGAUGGUAACUGGAGAAUUAAGUAUAGAUAAUGAGAAGUUCCGAAUGGGUCUUCUCCGGUUCAGUACCUACCCAGACAUCCAGUUCCAGCUCGGUAAUCAUAAGUCACAGAGAAGUGUCCAGAGAGCCAUCGACCGGGUCCAGUACCGGCCAGGUGACACCAAUACAGCUGAGGCAUUCGAUAUUGUCCGAACUCAGAUGUUCAAACGUAGAAGUGGGGAUCGUAGCUUUGCAAGGAACUUCAUUCUGUAUCUGACCGGAAACGACGAAAGUGAAAAUAAAUUCCAAUCCUUUGCCGCGGCGGAGAGAGCGGAGGACGAUGGUAUUCAAAUAUUUACGGUUGGUUUCGGACUUCAAGAUACGUCGGAGCUCAAUGAAAUAUCCUCGCACCCAUUAGCUGACUUCCAGCAGCUGUUUUUGGAGGAAGAAGGACCAAAGAACUUCAAUGAUGUGUUGGCUGUUCUAGAAGCAAUGCCCGACAGACCCCCGAACGCUCGUAGGCGACCACGCCCACCCGCAACAACACCUCGACCCAGGCCUGAGGGACCAUGUUCCUCAACCGGUGAUGUUGUCUUCAUCCUCGACACCUCUGGAAGUGUGGGCCGGGACAAUUUCUACAGGAUGUUAAACUUCACGUGGGAGACAGUUAACGAGCUGGAGGUAAACGGUGGCAACUACAGAAUCGGCCUGAUGACCUUCAGUGACCGCGCCAGUCGGGAAUUCAACCUCAACAGUUAUGACACAAAGGAGGACAUCAAGAAAGCUAUAUCCCGAACGGCUUAUAUAUAUGGUCGUACGAACACUGCCGAUGCCUUCUUAAUGGCCAGGCGUGACAUGUUUGUACAACAGUUUGGGGACCGACCAGAUGUACCGAAUGUUAUCGUCAUUAUCACGGACGGAGAAUCCAACAUCAACAAUAUGAGGACUAUACCGGAAGCUAUGACACUCAAACGCGCAGGCGUAACUAUCAUUACUGUUGCUGUGGGUUACGCUGAUAGCUCUGCAGAGCUGUUCGGAAUCACAUCAAACCCCGUCAGAGACAACUUGAUCCAAGUUGAGAACUUUGAUGCUCUUGAGUCAUUGAAGGAUAAACUCAUCACGCCACUGUGUACAGAUAUAAAUCUGUGUCUGGAAAACCCUUGUCAUAAUGGCGCCUUCUGUAUUGACGGUCUUCGUAGUUAUAUGUGUGUCUGCACGGAAGGAUAUUACGGCGACAACUGUCAGAACACUUGUGGACAGUCCGCGGACGUGGUUUUCAUGUUGGACUCCUCCACAAGUAUCGGACAAAGCACUUUCCAGAGAAUGAAAACAUAUGCCGAGGAACUCGUACGUAAGAUGAAUAUCGAGUCAUGUGACAUUCAAGUCGGUGUCAUGAAGUACAGCUCUGCAUCGAUGGUACAAUUCAACCUCGGAGCAUUCAGGGACACGGAGACCAUUGUUCGUGCUAUUGACGCUAUACACUACACCCGUGGCCAAGCCAACAUGGCGUCUGCCUUUGAGACUGUGCGCACGAACAUGUUCAAUUCCGGAAGGGACAGAGCGAAUGUGCGUAACAUUGCAUAUCUACUGACGGAUGGCUCUGUUGAAGUUAACGCCGACAUUACUAUGCAGGAAGCUGAAUUAGCGAUUAACUCCGGCAUCAGGAUCGUCCCCAUAGGUAUCGACCUUAGAGUGAAGACAGAUGUGGAGACCAUCGCUAACGUACAGGGCGCAAACACCAUCGAAAUAAACGGAGCUGAUGGAUUACGGAAUGGGCUGGCCGAUCAGGUCUUACGGCCAGUGUUCGAAGAUGAGAGUUACUGUGAAGCUAAUCCUUGCAGUAACGGCGGCCAAUGUCGUGAAAACGGAAAUGGAUUCGUGUGUGACUGCGUUCCUGGGUACACUGGAGACACGUGCGAGAGACGAUGUGAAGCUAAGGCAGAUGUUGUAUUUGUGGUAGACACCUCACGCUAUGUCAGCCGGAAGGAACUACGCAGCGUCAAGAGAUUCUUGCGCAGCAUCAUCAAGAGGAUGCAGUUUAAACGUCACAGGUUCAGAGCGGGAAUAGUGAGCUUCGCUAAAUAUUCAAGAGUCAAACUGACAUUGAGCAAGACUUCCAAAAAGAAAUCGAUACUGUCAGUGGUGUCCGGUCUAAGGAGCAAGGGAGCUUACGAUCCGAAUCCAGCGGAGGCUUUGAGGAAAGCAAACCUUCGUGUCCUCCCUAACUCAAGGACACGUGUACCAAGAUACGUUGUCUUCAUCACAAAGAGCAUGCGCGACGAGAGCAACGUCAUCAAACAAGCCAACAAGAUCAAGAUGAGAGGUGUCAAAGUCCUGGGUAUCGGAAUCGAUCUGAGUUCGUCCGACCAGGAAUUCAUGAAGUCUGCUGUAUCGAUGCCGCCUAGCAAAUUCAUGCACCUCACCGACAGUGUCCAGGGUCUAUCGGAUAUUUCCGAUGAGUUCAUGAGUUUCUUGUGUAACGAGAACGAUCCUUGCUCUGAUAACCCUUGCCAGCACCGAGGUGAAUGUGUGAGUUCCCAUGGAGAGUAUUAUUGUAAAUGUCCCAGAGGUUACGCAGGCAAAAACUGUGACAUAUCUUGCCCAGCCAAAGCGGAUAUUGCUUUCGUCCUCGACGCAUCAGGAAGUGUUGGCGCACAGAACUUCCGGCGAGUGAAGCAUUUCGUUACCAAGGUAAUCGACGAGCUGGCCAUCGGAUAUGACGUCGCUCGAGUCGGCGCGGUUUCUUACAGUUCCAGGAGUUACAUGGGAUUUUACAUGGACCAGUACAACACUAAGGAGGAUAUCAGCAACGCCAUUGCUGCUCUAGGCUACGAGUAUGGAAACACAAACACCGCAGCAGGUCUCCGCAUGGCACGAACUCGUAUAUUGACGGAGAAGAGAGGCGACAGGGCAAACGUCCGGAAUUUCGUCGUCGUGGUAACAGACAGUAUCUCUAACGUGAACCAGGAGAAAACACUCCCGGAGGCCCAGAAGCUGAAGGACGCCGGAGCGCACGUGUUCAGUGUUGGUAUUGGUAGUUUUGACCCUUACGAACUUCGGGCUAUGGCGUCAGAGCCGGCAGAUUCAAACACAUUUGUCUUCAACGACUUUGUCAGCUUAGCCAACUUCUCACAGACUUUCGUCAGAGCUACGUGUGUCUCAGAAUCCGUCCUGUGUAACGUCAAUAGAUGUAAAAAUGGUGGAGUAUGUGUACCCGGUAUCAACUCAUUCUCCUGCAAAUGUCCACGUGGAUUCAACGGACCAACUUGCGAGAUGGAAUGCAUUUCCAAAAAGGACGUUGUCUUUGUACUGGAUUCAUCCUCUAGCGUCGGUAAAGACAACUACCAGACAAUGCUGGACUUCGUCAAAGCACUGGUGGAGGAACUGGCGGGAGCUUCCUUUAAUAAUCGUUUUGGUCUGAUCGUCUACAGUACGGAAGUCAGGCUUAUCUUCAGUCUUGGUAGAUACAAAGAUGCGGCAACCAUUGGUAAUGCAGUGGGAGGAACUCGGUAUUACCCGGGAUCUACCAAUACUGCCGGUGGACUCCGAACGGCAUUAGAAAUUCUGACCAAUGCAUACGGAGCAAGACGAGAUGCAGAGGACGUUGUUAUUCUCAUCACUGACGGUCAGUCUAAUGUUAAUUCACACGAUACGAUCCCUGCCGCUGAGGAGCUGAAGGGAACCGGCGCGCGCGUGCUGACCAUCGGAGUCGGAUUGACCGAUUAUAGCGAGGUGGCACAAAUAGCGUCCACACCGGAAGAUGUCUUCAAGGUGUCCAGAUAUAAUCUGUUGCUUGACAUUAAAACUGAUAUUCUGGACAGUUCAUGUGACAACAAUGGAUACAGUGGCAAAUAAUUUGAUCCGACUCGUUAAACACAAUCGUACGUGUAGAUAUGUGACAAUUGUGUAUUAUGUUUGUUUUAUAGCUUGAGUAAAUAUGAAUGACAUGAGGAGCGAAAUAUGACAGAAGGUACUCUUGGUUUCCAAUAGUAACCAGUGUUUGCUUGUAUAAUCCGGUGCUGUGCUAUCCGAGUUAUCGUUCUUGGCUCGUUACGGAAUGGGCGAGUGUUUAUAACGAUUUUAUUUGGAUCGAGACAUUUAUGUAUGUUGUUGCAGAAUCAACUAUUUUAAGCUUACAUAUGAGUGUUUUAUGCCAAGAAUUGUAUAUCAAUUAACCAUUGAAAACUUUCAUUUGAAACUCAUGGCGAUCUAACAUUUUCCUGUUUUUAGUUAAAACUAGAACGGUCUUUUGAAAAUUAAGUCAUUCUUCUAAAAUAUCAAUGUGUUAUUUUGCAUUUUACUUUCGGCUAUAUUUGAAAAUUAUUAAAUCAAAUCAUGUAAUAUUUGCUAACUUGUGUACGAAAUCCACUAGAUUGUUGACACUCGGUCCGCGUUGUAGGCUAUACAUGAUGUUUGUUUUUUAUGCAAUAUCCAAUUUGCCAGUAUGAUAUCAAUCAAAAUACCAUUUCUCAUUAUAUUAUAGCACAUUAUAUCGUUUGAUAGAUUAUGUGAAUUCCAUAAGAUAUUAUAUUAAUACAAGAUAUUACAUUAUGAUUUGACCGAAAAUGACGUAACGUCACUUCCGGUUAUGUGUAUAUUGAUGUGUAUGUGUUUAUACAAGCGGUGGACUAUAUGAUUUUGUAAGAUGACAAAUCCACUCCAAAUAUAUAUGUCGAGAGUAUGUUUUACUUAUAUAAUAUAUAUAUACAAAUAUAUAAUAUUUAACUCUCUACCUAGUACUGAUAUCAAGUAUGCAAUGUAGAUAUAAAUAUCUUAUCGGCACCCUAAUUGAUAUUUCGCACGGUAAUGUUUCAAUGAAAUCGUAAAAGGGUUCGUCUGUCAGAAUGGUCGUUAACUCCCGAAACGUUGAUUAAAGUCAGUCCGGUAGUAAUGUAUAUAUCUACUACGAACAAUACCCAGAGGACAUUAUACUCGUAUUGUAGAUCAACAGAUUACAAUCUGUGACAUCACUUUAUGAUUUGCAUGGUUGUUCAUAAAUGGCACUAUUUUUAAUAAUAAAAAAAAUAUGCGCAUAUUGAAUAACUUCGUGAAACUUCCGAAAUGCUGUAAUUGUCAUCAGACCAUCUUAGACCUCUUGAUAACGACCAUUUUUUCUAGUUGGCCCUGAAUUAAAUAUUGCUCAGUGUAAGAGAAACACUCACAAACCAAACAUUCCUAGUUUUAUAGCGACCUAGAUACCAUUAAAUCUGCAUGUUAAUUAUUUAUCAUAGUUGAUUGUCAGUAAAAGGAAAACACAAAACAUGUUGGAAAUAAUUUCUAUCCAAAAAAAAUGUUACAAUUAUCAUGAAUUGAUAGCAAUAUUUGGUCUGGUGCACGACUAUUCGGGUCACGUGACCAGGGUGCAGAUAGAUAAGGUGUAGUUAAUGCUUUCUAACCAAUUUCUAACAUUGUAAAACAGCUUAACCAGGACAAAUCGUGGAUUAUUUUACUGGUUUGUAAUAAAAACUUUUUAACUAA